UGCGGGAGGACAAGGUGAAUCCGGAGCCGGACUUCCGCUGCACUGGGGCUCCGAAUGACCUAGAAUCUGGGGUGCGCUUAGGCCCCGGGCCGCGUGUUCUUGCUACGAGAACCCCUAGCAGCCUGGCCUUGGAAUAGCUGGAUCAGAUGCAUUCAUUGGUUCUUUCAGAUACUUUUAAGACCCAGCUGUGUGCUAGGUACUUCUUACACCUUCUGGUGAGGAAGAUGGAACUGAAGGGAAUUUGCAAGGAGCUGUGAGAAAGUACAACGGGAAGUGAGCUAAGAUCAUUAAGGAGUGAGAUGGCCUCAAUCUUGCGAAGCCCUCAGGCUCUCCAGCUCACUCUAGCCCUGAUCAAGCCUGAUGCAGUCGCCCAUCCGCUGAUUCUGGAGGCUGUUCAUCAGCAGAUUCUAAGCAACAAGUUCCUGAUUGUACGAAUGAGAGAACUACUGUGGAGAAAGGAAGACUGCCAGAGGUUUUACCGAGAGCACGAAGGGCGUUUUUUCUAUCAGCGGCUGGUGGAAUUCAUGGCCAGCGGGCCAAUCCGAGCCUACAUCCUUGCCCACAAGGAUGCCAUCCAGCUCUGGAGGACGCUCAUGGGACCCACCAGAGUGUUCCGAGCACGCCACGUGGCCCCAGAUUCCAUUCGUGGGAGUUUCGGCCUCACCGACACCCGCAACACCACCCACGGUUCGGACUCUGUGGUUUCAGCCAGCAGAGAGAUUGCAGCCUUCUUCCCUGACUUCAGUGAACAGCGCUGGUAUGAGGAGGAAGAGCCCCAGUUGCGCUGUGGCCCUGUGUGCUAUAGCCCAGAGGGAGGUGUCCACUAUGUAGCUGGAACAGGAGACCUAGGACCAGCCUGAUGCAGGUCUAUGAAGACAGUGCCCAGACUUUUCUCCUAGACGUCUAGUCUAAAACAUUUGCCUAGGACCAGGGAAGCCUGGGCUCAUACUGCCAUUUCUGCUGGGCACCACCACCUGCCUGAGGGCCUAGCUCACUGCAGCACAUCCUCCAGAAUCUAGCUUUCUAUCUACCUCUUCUCUGGAAUGUUCAUGGUGGUUCAGAAGAAUGAUGACUCCUCUUUGCUGAGAACUGUUCAUCCUUUCUCAAGAAGAAGCUUGCCGGGCCAGGUGCGGUAGCUCAUGCCUGUAAUCCCAGCACUUUGGGAGGCUGAGGCAGGCAGAUCAUGAGGUCAGGAGUUCGAGGCCAGCCUGACCAACAUGGUGAAACCCCAUCUCUACUAAAAAUACAAAAAUUAGCCGGGCGUGGUGGCUCAUGCCUGUAGUCCCAGCUACUCAGAGGCUGAGGCAGGAGAAUUGCUUGAACCCAGGAGGCAGAGGGUGCAGUGAGCCGAGAUUGUGUCAUUGCACUCCAGCCUGGGUGACAGAGCAAGACUGUCUAAAAAAAAAAAAAAAAAGCUUGUCUAAUUGACUUGCCUAAAAAAUGCAGUGACUCCAAA